AUGGCUUCGCUGGACCCUCAUUCUCCUGAAUCCAUUCAGAGGCCAAUCUCUACAACUGUUGAAUCUGAUAAUAGCUCUUUUGCCACCUCCAUGCAGUCUGCUAGUCAUGUCAAAGAGAUCUCGCGGUCCAUCUUGAACUUAUUUCUGGCGUAUGCUCUGAAUAAGUUCAAUUAUUCUGAAGACCGCCCGGAGGACUACGGAGACAGCUUUCUUUCUGUCAUUGGCCAGUUUGUCUCCAAAGGUGCACGUGUGGAGGCUUGUCUGCCUGCUUUCCCCUUCAAGUCGGCGAACAAAGUGUACAAGGUGCUCGGCAGCUUGCCCGACAAGGCAGAGGAGCUCGCUCUUGAACGAUUGAAUACCCUGUGCAAGCGUAUUCAGGAUAUCUACGCCCCGGGUGCUAAUAUUGUCAUUAUCUCGGAUGGCAUUACGUACAAUGACUUGUUGUGUAUCUCUGACCAGGAAACCUGGAAGUAUGGCGAAGCCUUACGCGAGAUGGUUGCCAAGAACAGUUUCGACAACAUUUCAUUCUCGAGGAUUCGAGACCUUCUCGAGUUCCCUCUACCGGAAAAGAUGAGCGAGAUCAUAUAUGUGGCAAACUGUACCACCUUCCGUCGAUUGCUUUUGAACAAAUACGGCAAGGAUGACCUUGAUAUUGACCAUGAAAUUAACACAAAUCCAGAUGUCAAGUUGACAUAUCUGGGAUAUAGGCGAUUCCUGGAGUCUGAUCUUCAGCACAUUUUUCCUCGAGGGAAGAACCGAUCGGUCCACAGUUACAAACGAGAUUGCAAGUACUUGGCCAAGCAAAUGCUCACAAGAGGAUACGCGUUUGCAGGGGCAAUCAAGGACGCCUACCCCAACCACCUGCGACUUUCUAUCCACGAAUCCAUUUGCGGUACCAAGCUACCCAUCAGUUUGCUAAAUACAAAGACGGGCUUCACUACCCCAUGGCACUGCUGUGUUGCUCACCUAGCAGAUGGAGUGUGGGUUAGUGCGCCUAUGGGCGAGUUCAGCCAAGACAGCCGCCUGGAACUUGUCCAUGUUGAUGGAAUUCCCAGUCACUACCAAGAAAGGCUGCACCGUAUCGACCAUAUAGCUAUUAACGAGACAACGGCGAGCUAUCUUCAGUCGGCCAAGUCCAUUGAUGUCAAUGCUUAUGUCAAUGGUGCAUUGAAGAAUAAAUCGCCGCUUUCAUCCUCCUCUAGCGAAGUUUCCCUCUCUCCAUCUGAGGGCAAAUCACCAGCCAGCAGAUCCACCACACCAGAUGUAGAAUCAGUGCUAAAAUGCUCGCCUGCAGAAUCUGGACUGUGUACCACGUUGAAUGAGAAGUCUGACCUUACAUCAAUACAGCAAGAGGGGAAAACCACAGUGUCAACGCCAUACGGUAGAAGACUCAUCCCUCAAAUAAUAGAUAGUCUUGCUGCCAUCGAGCCUGAGCGCACUAUCUUCUCCCUUGCAUCACUCUCAAACGGGCUUCUCGAGCUCAAGCAUAUCUCCGCUCGACAGUUUACCAGGGCAGUUGACAAGACUGCCUGGUGGCUUCGUGAUCAGGCUGGUACCCCCGACUCAGUUCAACCUGUGGCUUAUAUUGGACCACAUGAUCUACGACAUGUGCUGUUGACAUAUGCAUGCGUCAAGGCGGGCUACGCGCUUCCCAUGCUCCACGAGCUUCUUGAUGCCGAGACUAUUGAAGCCUUCCCGUACACCAAGAGUUUUGAAGAGGCCAAAGAUGAUCCGUUCUGCUUCUUGCAUACGUCUGGAAGCACUGGGGUACCCAAACCUAUUCCCUGGUCCCACGGGCUGAUUGGCACUAUGGAUGCAGUACGACUGCUCCCGCCUGUGGGUGAAAAUGCCGAUUUACCACCUUGGACUUCAGGCUGGGAUGAGGGGGACAGGAUAUACUCAUCAUUUCCAAUGAGCCACGGUGCUGGAAUUAUCAUGAAUAUUUUGAUGCCUGCACUUUUCAAUCUCCACUGCAUCAUGGGACCAGUUGGUGUUUUGCCAAAUCUUGAUCUUGUGGAAAAAUUAGCUGUGGACGCUAAGAUUGACAUAUGGAGUAUGGUCCCAUCUCUUGUCGAUGAAAUAGGAGAAACCCCCGAAGUUUUGACAAAGCUCCAGUCGAGCAAAUUCAUAUGUGCAUCUGGAGGCCCUGUUAGUCCUGUCAGUGCUGGCAAGGUGAAUGAGGUAAUCAGGGUGCUCAACUUGACCGGUACAACAGAAGGUCUUUUCAUUGGAAAUCUGAAGACAGAGCGAGAAGACUGGUUCUGGUUCUGCUUCCACCCAUACUCUGGCUUCGAAUUUAAAGAGCUUGAAGCGGAUACCUACGAGCACUGGGUGCAUCGCAAUGAGCAGUGGCCUCUCUUCCAGGGUAUCUUCCACACGUUUCCAGACAAAGACUCGAUCAACUUCAAGGACCUGUACAUGAAGCACCCUACCAAGCCCAAUCUGUGGGCUUUCAAGGGAAGAAACGAUGACCUUGUCGUCUUGUCGAAUGGGUACAAGAUAUCGCCGCUUGAGACGGAAGCAUUUGUCACCACUCACCCUGCCAUUAGUGGAUGCCUUAUUUUUGGAACUGGAAAGCCUCAAGCGUCCCUACUCAUUGAGCUGAAGGAUCCAUCGAAUCAAGCGCCUGAUCUUAUUGACAGUAUUUGGCAAACGGUCCAGACGGCCAAUACCAUGUCUAGACACAAGAACCAGUUACGGAGGGACUUCGUCACUUUCGCACAACCAGACAAGCCCUUCUUACGAACUGACAAGGGAACAGUGAAAAGAUCAGCCACAUUGGCGUUAUAUUCCGAGUACAUAGAGUGUUUCUAUAGUUCACGAAGUGAUGAUUCCGAUAACGCUACCAGUCUGGAUCUGAGCUCUCCCAGUUCGAUCGAAGAGUUCAUCCGCACGAUCGUCGGCUCUUUACUUCCCGAGGUCCAGGAAGUCCUUCUCGACACAGAUUUUUUUGAACUUGGGCUUGACUCUCUGGGUGUAUUUGCCGCCGUGGAAAAAAUACGAGAAGCUUCAGGUUUGGGUGAUAAAAUCUCCACUCGACACGUUUACGCCGAUCCAACCAUCGCGAGCCUUGCCGCAACGGUCUCCGGGUUGAUGGAUGAAGCACAGGGUGCUCAAGAUGAUAUUCCUAUGGGUCAAAUCCGGGACGGCAAUGCCUCUAAGGUGAAUGAUAUGAUCACUCAGCACAGGGGGCGACAAUCUUUCCGCUUAAAUGCCUUCGACUACGUUAACCCCAAUCACGGCAUGGGAAUUCUCCUUUACUUCUCUAUCCACGACGAGAUAUCUUUUGAGCAAGUGUUUACCAAUCUCCAAGAAGGACUCAAUCGCACAUUCGAUAUGAUACCAGCUCUUAGUGGCAAGAUGAUGCACUGCUCCGAGCAAGAAAUCGGCUACAACAAAGGAGAUCUCUGCGUGACAAUUCCACCACUGUCCAUGGCAGCUUCUGCAAGAGACCGCCUAUUGUACAAGGAUCUCUCAAAUGUUCUUCCAUCCUUUGAGAAAUUACGGGAAGCGGGCUUCCCACUAUCUGCGUUCAAGGACGGCCUCGUUCUGAGAGACGAUCCCUUCCCUAAAUUCCCCGCAGACAUUUUCUCUGGUCAAGUGAACUUCGUUCCUGGUGGCUGCCUGGUUGCAGUUGACUUAAACCACUGCUGCCUCGAUGGUAUUGGAGCCAUGGUCGUUCUUAAGGCCUGGGCGGAGAACUGCAGAUAUCUCCAAGGUGAUCACACGGCAACUUGCAGCUGGUAUGACCCCGAAAGCUUUAACCAUGCCUUACCGGAGAUCAUUCACGAGCAAGAAGGAUGGGCUCGACCUGUCGAAGAGAUUGAUCCUGGCAUAUGGGGCUUCUUGCCCUUCUUCCCACCUAACGACUACAAAAGCAUGAAGGAGACUCCUGUUGAUCUUAAGGACCAUGUAUUACCUCCCGCGCCUGAUUUCAAGUUGCAUGAUGUUUGGCCACUUCCCCGGGCUGAACGGUCCCCUAAAACGACGCUGUUCCUGAUUAGGCCCGAAAAGCUUGGGAAGAUGAAGCAAGAUGUCAUCUCCGAUCCUGAAGCGAAGGGGGUCAUCAAAUCAAUCAGUGACAUCGUACAAGCCUUCCUAUGGCGAGCUGCUAUCAGGGUGCGAUACAGGAUAGCCAAAGAGAUCCGUAAGCAGAAGUUCAGUCCAGACGAGGUGUCCAUUCUUGAAUUGCCCACGGAUGGCCGUCCAUACUUCUCUUCACUAUUGCCUUCGACAUAUAUGGGCAGUAUACUCAUUCUCAAUCGACUGACCAUGCCGAUCGAGACACUAUGCUCCGAUCAGACGACCAUUGGCCGCGUCGCUUAUCUGCUCCGUCAGUCCGCCGCACGCAUCACACCUUCAGUCGUCCACGACGCAUUGUCGAUUCUGCAGUCAUUGCCAGACCAUGGUCGAUUUUCGACGGCGAAUAUGGGUCUGGAACAUAUGCAUGCUAUGAUUUCCAACAUGAUGCUAUUCCCAAUCAACGAGAUUUGUUUUGGAGAUGCCUUCUUCGGUAAUCGAGGGUUGCCUGAGUCUUUAAGGCCACAGCUUGAGCGUGGAAAUGGACGAUUCCGAUUCCUCGCCAUUUUCCCUAUCAGGGAAGACGGGGGCAUUGAAUUUGCUUUCGACACACAUCCAGAGGAGUUGGAGAUGUUCCAGGCAGAUGAAGAAUUUACGAAAUAUGCUGAACUUGUCGAUACGUGCUGUUGA